AUGAUAACUCGUCUAUGCCACGAAAUCAAAUUCUCCCGUGGCAGCAAUGACACCAUCGAGAUAUUAGAGGUAAAGAGAGGUGGCAAGUACAAUGUUAUACUAUUUAACUGUGCCAUGAAAGUAUCUCUCCGCGAAAACGAAAUCCGUCACCGUCCCUGUGUAUUGAGGACCCCCAAGAUGGCAGUAGCGGCACCAAGCCAAUGGCACGAUAUCCAUAUGCAAAGAAUGGCUGCUUUUCACCACAAUGCAUCGAAGCACCUUACGAUUCCCGAUGUCCUCGCUUACGAUUGUACAAACAAUAAUUAUAUUGGUUCUUCAUUUAUGAUUCUGCAGAGAAUGAACCACGAACGGUCUUUGCAUGAGCAAUAUCGCUUAUUGAAUUCUAAUCUGCAUACAAGAUUUAGGGUAUCCAACGCGUACGAUUAUGCAGUACUAGGCCUCAGUUCAGCGGGCUUCAUCGUGCAACAAGAGAACUCAUACCGAUUUUCUCACUAUGGUACUUUUCAGGUGGCAGAAGGUAUGGCGCUUAAAAGCGCACAGCUAGAUACAAUCACCGAUCGCAUAGGAUUACUCGUCAAACCAUUCAUGUACAGUCUUACGAAUUCCACACGAGCGAACUCUAAACCGAUAGAUUUUAUAUGCGAGAUUCUCUUCGCGCAGGAAAACCAAAUGCGGACUCCGGCUCAGGAGCCCAAGUUUAGAAAACUAAUCCAUAUCGCCUUGUGUAUUAAGAUGUGGGAAGAUGACAAUGAGGAAAAUCAUCCCGCGCAUAGCCUUCAACCGGCCGUUCUCUGGCAUCCCAAAUUUAACCCUAGCUCUAUUUUCAUGGCUUCGGAGAUUCUGUACCUGAAUCCUGAAUCGGGUAUCGAUGAAUAUGAGUGGAAUAUUCCUUCGCAGUAUACGCGUGUAGAAGGAAAGACGUUCGUUCGGUUAUCUGGGGUUCUUAGCUACGAUGGAUGUCUAGCACUUCCCCGCAUCAUGACGCGCUGUCCGCCUUCUUUCCUUUGGGAUGGGGAUUUGCGCAUUCCGGUUGAAGGGAGGAUUGCGGUUAAGGAGGCGUUUGAUCAUUAUAUGGAGGAGCGAUUACCAGGGUAUUGUAGGGAUGCUUAUGGGGUUUUGGGGAGGAUUGUUAGGGCGUUGGGGUUUUAUGCGUUGUUUGGGGUGGAGUUGGGGUGGGGGGAACUUUCUUUUGAGGGGUUGCUUAGGGAGUGGGAGGGUUAUUCUUUGACGAAUGGGGGGGUGUGA